GGGAAAAUGUAAGAUUGGAUUGGUGUGGAGUUGUUUGUUGCGUUGCGUUGCGUGUGCGUGCGUAUCAGUGUCAGUAUCAGUAUCAGUGAGGGUGGGUGCGUGAGCGUGAGCUUGAGCGUUUGCGCUGGUGGCUGCAAUGGAAGAAUCGUCGAUUGAGGAAUCAGUGGCGAGUGUGAUCGAAGAAGCGAAGGAGGUUCAGGAAGCAGUUUCUGCGCACAUCUCUAAAGUUACCUCCGACGAGGAACCUCUCCGCCAGCGUGUCCGUCUCGUCGAUUCCAGAAUCCACUCGCUCCGUUCCUCUCUCGAUUCUCUUCUCUCCAACAAACUCAUCGCUCCGUCUUUAGCCGAUAAGUUGGAUGAAGAUUUGCAGAGAGCCAGAUGCAUCAUCGUCGACGGUGAAGCUUCUUCGCUUCUCCCUGGCCAUGCACAAGGAAGCUUUUUGAGGAUGUUUCUUGGACCUAUCAACGUGCGUGCCUCCAAGAAGGAUGUUCAGCUCAAGGUCAAAGAAGAAUACAACAGUUACAGGGAUAGAACUGCCCUGCUUUUCUUGCUUUUUCCGUCAACCCUGCUUAUACUAAGAUCUUGGGUUUGGGCCGGAUGCUUGCCAGCUUUUCCUGUUCAGAUGUACCAGGCCUGGCUGCUUUUCCUUUACACUGGUUUGGCAUUGCGAGAGAACAUUUUGAGAGUCAACGGAAGUGAUAUUCGUCCUUGGUGGAUAUAUCAUCAUUAUUGUGCUAUGAUAAUGGCCCUCGUAAGUCUCACUUGGGAGAUUAAAGGACAGCCUGAUUGUUCAAAAAAGCAGAGAGGUGUACAACUUUUCUUACAGUGGGCUAUGAUGCAAGGAGUUGCAAUGCUUUUGCAAAAUAGAUAUCAACGCCAAAGACUUUACACUCGUAUUGCACUGGGAAAGGCUAAGAGGAUGGAUGUUGUGUGGGGGGAAACAGCUGGCGUGGACGGCCAAUUGUGGUUGUUGUGUCCCAUACUCUUCACGUUGCAGGGAUUUGAGGCAUAUGUUGGACUUUUGUUGCUCCGGACUGCAGUUGUUGGGGUUGUUUCUGAGUGGCAGGUAAUAUUUUGCGGUGUUUUGUUGGUCUUAAUGGCUGUCGGGAACUUUGCAAAUACAGUACAGACUCUGAUGGCGAAAUCAAGAUUUAAGGCAAAGAUGAGAAGAACCAAGAGUAAGCAGAGGCUGAAUUAACAAGUUGUCACUUUUUUUUAGCUUUAAUAGGAUCAGGAUUUUUUGCACUCAUUUCAGUUUUGACCACAGUGCAAGCUGGUUAUAAUUUUGGCUUCGUGUAGCUUCAAUCAUAUUUAAUGAGUUUGAGCAUAAACAUAAAUUUGGAUUGAACGAUAAAAUCCUACGAUUUCUGUUGUCCA